GGGAUGGUGACAGUAGGCGGAGCCGGCUCAGUGUUUGGGCCCGGGGGGCUGAUCCUCCUGCAGCACCGAGAACAUAGGCACUGUUUUUUUAGCGAUAUGUCAGACGGUUUUGACCGUGCUCCAGGAGCAGGAAGGAGCCGGGGACGCGGAGUGUUGGGUUCAGGGUUGGGGAGAGGCCGCAGCCGGGGACAAGAAGCGGUAGAGAGCGGAAAGAUCCCAGGCUUCAGGGCCCAGAGUGGAGGGGAAGCUAACUCUGCGCCGCAUAAAGCGGGAGGACGUCAGCAGCAAGGGCCACUUAGACCACCCCGCACUUCUCCAUCUGUAAUAUCAGAAACUGCAGCAGACCAGUCAAGUCAGAGGACGUCCCCUUCACUAGUGCAGAUACCUGUGCAAAAUAAUUCCAUGGCAGGAUCCAAGUCUCAGUCUGCUGAAUCGACUCCGGUAUCGUCUCUGUCAGUUGAUGCGGCAGAGUUCUAUCCCCCAGGAUAUGUGAUAGACCACAAUAAUGUCGAUCAAAAUGGUGAUUAUCCAGGUGUCCCACAAGAGUCCUUUGCAGAAUUUGUACAGCAGUUCUUAAAUUAUUUAACAGAACAGCCUGGGAGCUUUGAAGUUGAAAUUUACAAUUUUUUAGAAGUACUUAAUAACUCAGUUACCACGGAUUGUUUGCAAGAACUUGUUGAACUUGUAUACCAGCAGUCAACAUCUGUUCCAAAUUUUUCCUACACGGGAGCACGAAUUUGCAAUUUUCUUUCAAUCAACCUUCACAUAAACUCACAGAAUGGUAACUUCAGACAAAUAUUACUACAAAGAUGUCAUACAGAAUAUGAAAAACGAGAUCAGGGAGCUAAAGGAGAUCAAGCCACACGCAAGCGCUUCCAUGCCUUUGUACUUUUCUUGGGUGAACUUUAUCUCAAGUUGGAGGUAAAAGGAUCUAACGGGCAGCUAACAAAAGCCGAAGUUCUGCAGUCUGGACUCCGAGAACUGCUAAGUGCUUUGUUUUCCAAUCCUGUCGAUGAUAACCUCAUUUGUGCUGUAAAACUUCUGAAGCUAACUGGCUCCAUUUUAGAAGAUGCAUGGAAAGAAAAAGGAGAGUCUUUUAUGGAUGGAGUUAUCCAGAGGAUGGAGAAUGUUGUUCUGGAUGCAGAAUGUAGCAGAGAUGUGAAACAGAUGCUCUUAAAACUGGUAGAGCUUCGAUCAAGUAAUUGGGGCCGAGUUUAUGCAGCUUCCACCUUUAGAGAUGCCACACCUGAAACUGAUCCCAAUUAUUUUAUGAAUGAACCUACAUUUUACACUUCUGAAGGAGUCCCCUUCACUGCAGCAGAUCCUGGUAAGUUAGAAAGUGUACCUACUGGUAUUUUUAAAGGAAAAUGUCAAAGUGAAAUUCCAAUACAAACUACCCCCCAUAGUGCCAAACAUUUCAAUAAACUUAAAGGAACAAAAACGAACUUUGAUGAUUUUGACGACGACGACGACGAUGAUCAAAUGGAUCCUGAGAUGGAAGAAGCUUAUGAAAAGUUCUGCUUGGAAUCAGAAAGCUUAAAGAAACAAUGAAAUGCACUAGCCCCAGCACUUGUCUGCCAGCCUUUGUGGGCUGACUUGGUAUGAUGUUUAUCAACUAGUUGAACUCUUCAUUCUUAUACCAAACCUAGUAAGACUGAGCUUAUCUGGAAUCUCCAAUUUAUGCAAACUCUUUGUUAAACUGAAUGCCAAAAGUGCAAACUGAUAUCCUGUAACUUAAGUUUGUGUAUAUAUUAUAGUUUAUUUUAUGUACAGUUAAAUAUACAAUGUUUUGACUGCAAUAAAAACUUUAUUUGAAAAAAAGUCUUGAGAGGAACAUUACCUAACUUGUAAAACUUACACUGCUAAAAUAAAUGACUUGAAUCGGUGUAGCAUAAUUCACCAAACUGAGACUAGCCCUUUUAAGUAGGGGUAUGACAAAAAAUGUGAAACUUGACGCACCAUCAUCUUUGUGUUUAUAAUCAUCUUCCUGUCACUGAAUAUCUUUUUUUUUUUUACCUUUAGGUAGCACAGACAAAGGUUCUUAACUAGAAACUGUUCACUUUCUUUAGCCAUAUAGUUUUUAUUUUUAUUUAAAUUGCUUUCAUUGGGGGCUCUACAUAUCUCCAGACCAGUUUAAUGCAUUUUUAUGUGUAAGUUUGACAUAAAUGUUUCACGGUUUUAAAGGGACACUGAACCCAAUUUUUUUUUCUUUCAUGAUUCAGAUAGAGCAUGCAAUUUUAAGCAACUUUCUAAUUUACUUCUAAUAUCAAUUUUUCGUUGUUCUCUUAUCUUUAUUUGAAAAGGACGGCAUCUAAGCUAAGGAGCCAGCACGUUUUUGGUUCAGGCCACGGACAGCACUUGAUUAUUGGUACUGUCCAAUAAGUAAGGACAAACCCAGGUUGUAAACCAAAAAUGGGCCGGCAUCUAAACUUACAUUCUUGCUUUUCAAAUAGAUACCACGAGAAUGAAGAAAAUGUGAUAAUAGGAGUAAAUUAGAAAGUUGCUUAAAAUUGCAUGCUCUAUCUGAAUCAUGAAAAAAAAAUUGGGUUCAGCGUCUUUUUUUAACUUUUUGUUUUCUUUAAGUUGUAGAAGCUGUUUUUUUUAUAUAUAUAUAUAUUGUCGCCAUUCAGAGUUGGUUCCCUUUGUAGUAAUAUAUUUUUGAGAUUGUCAACAUGUAUAAAUAUACACGCCUGUGAAUUUCUACUAGUCACAAUCCAAAAAGCCAGGAUCUUUUCUAUUGUUAUAUUUAACUAGUAAUAUGUGUUUUUGUUGUGUUUUUGUUUUGUUUUUUUAGUACUCCAGUAAAAUUAAAAGAAUUAGAUGAUAUGUUACAUCCAGAUAUUCAUGUGGUGAAAAUAACAUAACCAAGUUUGCAUACUCUACUUACUUUAAGUCCACUCAGUACAACCGUCCUGCUACAAACAUGGAGUAGCUUUUUCGUGUGUGUAAUACAGUUGACAGAAGAUAAUACAUUUUAAAAGAUUUAAUUACAAAACCACUGUGCACAAUUGGUAAAUGUAAUGAACAGUGGUUCCAAGGACGAUUUAGAUUAAAGAAAAACAAAUGCAUAGCAUAACACUGUAAACAGAACUUCCGCAAAUUAACAGUAUUUACAUUCUACAGAGCCACUAUGUCUCUAAAGUGCACUGUAUAAUGACUAUAUAAUAAAAACUGAUUUACAAUGAUAUCUUAUCAAGGAGUUAAUCAAAAUAAGCAAUUAGAUUGGACUAAAGCUUGGAUUGAAUUGGAUGUAUUACCCUUGAAAAAGCCAAACACAAAGGUCAAACGUAUGUUGAAAAUGAUUGAGUGUCAUGGGGUAAAGCCUAUUAGAAAAGAAGAAGACUGUCUAAAUUAUAUACACUGGUUGAAAUUAACAGCAGCUAAAGUGUUGACUUUCAUUUAAGAAUACUCCAAGGGUUGUUAAGACCACAUUGUAAAUCUGUUUUGGGAAAAGGUUACCAGAGUACACAUGCAUUUGUUUCAAAUUAACAAACUGCUUUUCAAUAAAUUUUGCUUUUUAUAUAAUAAUCAAA